AUGGUUUUCAUUCUUUGGUCAAUCGUGUCCCCUGCUCUUUGGGAGACGAACGACACGACGGAACUUUGCCCUCAAGUCGCUGCGUUAUACCCUACCAAGCACCAGGCUAUCUACCAGGACCUGGUCGACACUUACUUCGACACCGACUCCUUCAAGGAUUAUAUCAUCGACACGAUGAGUGGCGCAGUCAAGAUUGAAACUGAAUCGUACGACAACAUGGAUGAAGUCGGUACUGAUCCUCGAUGGGAGAAGUUCACUGGAUUCCACAACUAUCUGUUGGAAACUUUUCCCACUAUCCACUCGAGUCUGAUCCUCACCAAAGUCAACACGUAUGGGCUUGUCUACCACUGGCAAGGCUCCGACAAUAGUCUCAAACCCAUUCUGAUGGCGGCUCAUCAAGAUGUGGUCCCGGUGCAUCCCGAUACCGUCAGCGACUGGACUCACCCUCCUUAUUCCGGCUAUUUUGAUGGAGAAUCUCUGUGGGGACGUGGAACCAUGGACGACAAGAGCGGCCUGAUUAGUCUCAUGACUACCGUCGAAGCACUUCUGCAGCGCGAUUACAAGCCAACUCGCACAGUUGUCCUCGCCUUCGGGUUCGACGAAGAGUCCGGUGGGACCUACGGCGCCCAACAUAUCAGCAAGUAUCUCCUGAGCACCUACGGCGAGAACGGAUUCGCAUUGAUCGUCGAUGAGGGCGGAGGAUUCUCUCAGAGUUACGGUUCUACCAUAGCUUCAAUCGGUACAGGCGAGAAGGGUUCCUUCAACUCCCGGAUCGACAUUGCCUCUCCGGGUGGUCAUUCCAGUGUUCCACCUCCGCAUACGAGUAUUGGCAUGCUAGCUGCUAUCCUGGUCGAGUUCGAGUCCAACCCCUUUGAACCCCGUCUUGCUCGCUCUAGUCCGGUCUACGAUACCAUCCAGUGCACUGCAGCACAUGCAAAAUCUAUCGCACCUGGUCUUCGCAAGCUCAUCAAAAAGUCUGCUUUCUGCGACGGUGCUUUGAGGAAGCUGGAGAAGACCUUGGCGGAGGACAUCAAUAUGAGGGCGUUGUUCGGGACUACCCAGGCGAUCGACAUCAUCCAGGGAGGUGUAAAGACGAACGCUUUGCCUGAGCAGGCCUACGCAAUUGUGAACCAUCGGAUUGCCACUGACAGGCGAGUCAUAUCUCGCUUGGUCGUCGCCUCGGUGGCAUCCACGCAGCAACGUGAUGUCGACCUUCUCAAGCCGCUCGCCCAAAGGUUUAACUUGAGCUAUGUCGCCUUCGGAAACCCGGUCACUCCCAGGGGUGAACAUGCCUACGGAACACUUACGCUGUCGACCAGCUCCACCCUCGAGCCCGCACCCAUCACUCCUAGUGACGGAGCACCGUAUCGUAUCCUGAGUGGCUCUGUUAAGGCCACGUACGACAGUCACAGGAAUGUCGAAGGCUCCGAUGGACUCGUUGUUAGUCCAGGGAUCAUGACUGGUAAUACCGAUACGAAAUACUAUUGGGGCUUGACUGAGCAUAUUUUUCGUUACGGGCACUGGAACGCGGGCAACACCACCCUUCUAGGUCAUGGCGUGCACACCGUGAACGAAAACAUUCGUGUUAUUGAUCUCAUCGAGAUCGUCAAGUAUUAUACCACCUUCCUUUUGAAUGUCGAUGAGGCGACCUCCUUGUAA